UGACUUUUAGUCUGAGUUUGUCUCUAAAGCUAAAGUAGUGUUACUCUUUUACGCACGCAUGAUCCGAUUCAGUUCCUGUUCCUGGAAAGCCGUUGUCAAGUUUGCGAAUGAAUGUGUUUUUUUGUGUGGGAGGGGCCUUUGCCAGUUUCAAAAUAAAGCAGGUUUAUGCUUUUGAGUGACUGAUUUGGCGGAUUGCUUGUCUUUUUGAGAAACAUGAAUGACCUGAAUGCUAUUGGAGAUCAGAAUCUUGGUCAACUGCCUGGACUGAUUUAUUUGAAGGUUCGAGAUCAUUUGGACAUAAGCCCCACAGUACAACAUGGAUGGAGAGCCUUUGUUGCUGUAUUGGAUGGGGACUUCACCAUCAGGAGUGACAUUGACGUUGCUGCCAUUGAGAGGGUGAAGAGUCACAAUAGUUGUGCUGCAAAACUCUUCAACAUGCUCGGAGCUCGAGGUAUGACCAUACGACAAUUUGUUCACUAUGCUUGUCUUGCCGAGGACAAUUUCAUCAUGGAUCUUUUUAAUCUGCAAGCUGCCAUCAAAAUCAUCGACCAUCCUCCUGAAGAAGUUCAUGUGAAAGAGUAUGACCCUCUCAGACUCACAGUGAAAGCCUCUGGACGUCCACAACCUAGAUAUCAGUGGUACAAAAACAACAACAGGAUGGAUGGUGAAACACAAAGCAUCCUCAGCUUUGAUGAGACACAUGGUUCAGAUGCAGGUGUCUACAUCUGUGUUGUUCACAGUGAAGAUAUGAAACAGUGUUUACGAUGUGAGCCGACGACUGUGAUUGUAGAUGUAGAAUCCUCGGAUCUUGAAGUUAAAGAAAACCCAAGUUCUUGUUUUGUGGUACAUAGUGGAAAUGCAUUGUUCAGAUGUGAAGUUUGGGGUGCUGAAAAUUUGACUUACCAGUGGUAUAAGGGUGAAACAGCACUAGUAGAUGGUCAAGAUGUUAAAGGCAGUCAAACUAGGGAGUUAAGAAUAUACAAUAUUAAGUCAGUGGACUGGCAAGGCUGGUACUAUUGUGAAGUGUCAAGCAGGAGUCAGACAGUGACAACCAGAGGUGCAUUACUACAGUUGGUGAGCAGGAUGAAGAAGCAUCACGAAACUACUGAAUACACAGCCACUGACAAGGUGGUUCUAUUGAUUGGCUGUAGUGACUACAGAGGAGACAAAUUACUGACUGCACCAAUCAAUGAUGUACAAGCUCUGGCCACCUCAUUCCAGGCUUUGAAUUUCAAGGUCGUGUCCUUACUCAAUUUAACCAAACUGGAAAUUAUCUCUGCUGUUCAUGAGUUUAAGGAGCUUGUAUCCGAGGGAGUCUACUGUGUCUUCUACUUCUGUGGUCAUGGCUUUGAAGGGUCAUCAGGCCUGCGCUACCUUGUCCCCUCAGAUGCUCCCUUAGGCUAUGACAACACCCACUGUAUAGCUGCAGAGCAAAUCUUCCAUGUGCUGCUGCAGAAGAAACCCGGGAACUGUUGCAUGAUUUUAGACACUUGUCGAAGGAUAAGACCAGAGUCCAAACCUGAACACAACCAUUUUUCUGCUGUUGAAACGGGAAAUGCCAUUGUGUGCUAUGCCACGUCUUACGGGCUGUGUGCUUAUGAAGAAAGGGAUCGUGGGAUACUGGUAUCUCACCUGAAAGAUAUCCUUGGAGAACCUAUCCCGAUUGAGCAUGUGUUCACAAGACUGAGAGAAUCACUAGGAAAAGACACUCAGGUCAACGUGGACAACCCCAGUAACCCUCACAAACAGAUUCCCGAUGUGAAGACCAACCUGUCAGAGCCCGGUCGAUCUUUUGCCGACAGCAUAGUCUACACCGGCUACACAUCUGAGUUCAACCGCAGGCAGUUAGCCUGGCAUGCUGCUCAUAAAAAACCUGAUGCAAGGGAACUGGAAUUCAGCUUUGCGGAUUUUACAGUGACAGUGCAACUGGAUUUCCAACCAGAGUUCUCCAACAUACUUAAAGUUUAUAUGUCUGUGACUGACCCUGGCCCAACGGAAGAGUGUAUUGCCUAUGUCAGCGGUGUACCCACGGAUGUAGGGGAGAAGAUGCAGAAUAAAAUCAUCUCUACAGGGCGUUCUUGCCAGUUGAAUAAAACUUAUGUUACCAUCACAAACAUACAGAGAUUGAAGUCGCCCAUGAACCUUGAGGUCACUGUGAAGUGCAAGAGAGCUUCGGACCAGUCUCAUCUGGAGAAGGCAGUGAGGACUGACCUUGGCUGGCCCCUGGUGUCGAGCCUUCAUCUGUGGCGAGAGAGACCCGACCUGUCUCUCAGACGGGAGGCGGUGGAACAGGAGGAAAGCAGCGCAGGCGAUGAGUCCAGGGACUUCUAUGGAUAAAAGACUGGCCAGGACGUCUUUCUGAAGUCUACAUCACUUAUGAAGAGCGCUACUUUGGCUGUGCCUGUCAGAGCUGAACCAGGCUGAGAGGGAUUCAGCAUCCCAGCAGCGAGACGGAGAUAAUCAACUUUAAAAAAAAAA